UGCAAAGACCUGCCGACUAUAAAAGCUCGAGCGUUUUAUUCUCGAGAAGUCAGUUCGCAAAAUAGACUCGCAAGAUGAGACCUCACUUGUUGGCCCUGCUCGUCGUCGGCGUCGCAGUCACCUGCGUCCUCGGGAGAUUGGACACGGAGUUCCACCCACACGAUGAUCCGGAUGUGUCGUCCGUCGAAAUUCCGGGGCGACGUCAACAGCGCUAUCGAGCGGCGGGCGCAAGAAAGGCGAAGGAUGAUCUCGAUGAGGAUGUACUGAAGGCGAAAAGGCGCCAGGAAGUCGAGGACGAUGGACUGAAGGCGAGAAGGCGCCAGGAAGUCGAGGACGAUGGACUGAAGGCGAGAAGGCGCCAGGAAGCUGAGGAAGAUGGACUGAAGGCCAGAAGGCGCCAGGAAGCCGAGGAAGAUGGACUGAAGGCCAGAAGGCGCCAGGAAGCCGAGGACGAUGGACUGAAGGCGAGAAGGCGCGGUGAGAAGGAAGCUGAGGAUGAUGGACUGAAGGCGAGAAGGCACCAGGAAGCCGAGGAUGAGGGACUGAAGGCGAAAAGGCGCCAGGAAGCAGAGGAUGAGGGACUGAAGGCGAAAAGGCGCCAGGAAACCGAGGAUGAUGGACACAAGGCGAGAAGGCGCCAGGAAUCCGAGGACGAUACCCUGAAGGCGAGAAGGCAUCAGGACCUUGAGGACGUUUCCUUAAAAGCGAGGCGAAGGCAACGUCCGGUACCAAUCUCGGGGAAGGCUCACAAGGGUAAGAGGGGCAAACCGCUGAAGCUCGAUUCGCCUUCCUCCAAAGAUAAAUCGUCCUCGGAGAGCGACAGCCUAAAUUCGGACGAAUUAGUGGAAGCCGAUGAACCGGCUGUACGUGGUCAUCAACAUUUGAAGCGACAGCAAAAACUGUAGACGGAAGUGACACAAUGAAAUCACAAGCGGAAGUGACAAAUGAAAUCAUUUGUUAAGGGGAAAUAAAAUUAAUCAACUGACACAUUCGCAGUAGAAGGAAAGAAAUAUACCGAUUCGAGUGAGUUCUCUUCUCGAAAUGCUGUUCUACCGAUCUAAGAUUGAAUUAAAGUAAACGACUAAAAAAAAAAAACUGAA